CGUAGAACACACCAGCGGGCCUCUCCAGCUAAACGGCUCCUUUCACUGGGAGAAAGUUGAUUCCAUUGCCUUAUCUGUCAUAGUGCUUUCCUAGUUUAUGCCUUCCCAUGGCACUGUGUGUUUCUAGGCACUUUCCCCAUCUCCAGCAUGAGCAUGGACAUGGCCUUUGACAUUAUUUACCUGUUGAGUGCUGGUGAUGGGACUUAGGGCCUUGCACAUGCUAGGCAACUGCUCUUCCACUGAGCAUGACCCAAGCACGACCAUUUUAAAACUGCAGGGUUGGUAGGUUAGCUACUCUUCUUCGUUUUACUGAAUUACUUUCUUGUCUAAGAAUGAUACUCAUUUUAAAUGGCAUAUUUAUCUCAAGAAUAUAUCAAGGAAUAUGAAGAUUUCGCUUACAUAUAUUAACAUUAAUAUAUUAUAUUCUUGUCAUAUGAAGUGGGAAUGCACAUAUAAAUUUAUUAAACUACAUAUAUUGUCAUUAAUAUAUUCUAUUCUUGCCAUAUUAAAAUGGGAGAGUAUAUGUAAAUUUGUCAAACUAUAUAUAUUUAUCAAACUACAUAUAUCAUUGAUAUAUAUUCUGUCCUUGCCAUAUUAAAAUGAGAGAGUGCAUAUGAAUUUAUUAGACUACAUAUGAACUGUUUUAACAUGCCAAUGACAUAGUUUAGAUUACAGGGCCCCCGUGAAGUUGUUGGUAAACCGUCGUUGUCGAUGGAUAGGUAGCCUUACGUUUGGUAAACUGGCUUGGUUUUCAUGUGGUGUUUAACCUACUUAAGUCUGUCCGACAGAAUGAACCAGUGAUAUAUUUGGCUCAGGUUUCAAUUUCUCAAGUUUCUCAUCGGUAACUGGGUCAGAGAGUUAGGACGGGGCAGACGCACCUGUGUGGGAGGAGAUUCAUGGGUUCCCCUCCUGCUGGUCCUCGGGCAGGUGUUUUAUGGUAGCCAGUAUUUAUGGAGUAUCCCUGUCAUGAGACAAGCUCUUCAGUAAUCAUAGGGAUUCCCAUGAUCUAGAAUAGUCUCACACAAAGCACGCAACAUCUUGCACUUUGGGAGAACCACGGACCGAGACCAUACCUAAGCAGGAACCUUAAUCCUCCAAGAACAUAGUCCUGAUAUCCCAUUUGAGGUUGGAGCGUGUUCCCCCUGCUCCCAUUACUAAGGCCAAUCCAUCCUUGGGUACAGCUGCUUAGCUGGGUUAGCAUGGCCCUUAGGUUGGGAGCUUAAAUAACCUUCUUUUGGGGGCCGUAGUGAAGCUGUUGGUAAAUAUUUGCCGGGGCCUUGGGAAUUUUCUAAAACUGUAUAUGAAAACUGACCACUCUCUCUAGAGAAGAAUCUAAGACGAAGUAGGAAUUCGUCUCUCUUACCAGAGCAGGAGGCUGGACUCUAGUUAACUCAGGGAAGGAAUUGUGCAGAGGAGGGGAGUGAAGAGGUUUAAAUUCUUAGUAGCUCUACUCAAGUGAUCAGUGGGUGAGAGACUGGGUUAAAAUGGUAGUUUUUGAACCACGGGCUUAUUGACAUCCUUGCACUGACUUUCACCAUAAGGAAGCAUUUCAGUGUGGGAAAACAUGCCUUAUGAAGUCACACAAAAAGCUGACGGGGUUAACUUGGGAGUUGUAAUGAUUUUGAAGCACACUGUUAGCCAUGUUGGGAAGGAGUAGCACCCUGAGCCAUUGGCCUUCCACAGGAAGGCAGAUGUGCGCCAAGAAAGAUCAGCAAAUAUCCAGGUGGUGGGGGCAACGCGCUUUUGCUCUCAGCACUUGGGAGGCAGAGGAACUGUGGAUCUCUGUGAGUUCGAGGCCAGACUGGUUUACAGAGCAAGAUCCAGUACAGCCAGGGUUACAUAGAGAAACCUUGCCCCCCUUUCCAUCUCCCCCCCAAAAAAAGACCAGACAUCUGUGGUCCAGACCUUGUACCUCCACCUCCUGGGCUGCACUCUAAUGGAAAGAUCACAGAUGUGGUCUUUCAGGUGUUGUUAUUUCAAGGGUUUUAAAACUUCUCCACACAGGAUUGAAUUUCAUUAGGACAUCCUUAGACAGCAAGAAGAAAGGUGGCAUCCUGGGUACUGAAGUCCUUAAGUUUUCUGACUCCUGCUGAGUGAUGUCCCAUAGUUGCCUGUAGUUUGACUCACAUGCUCUCUUGCUCUGCAGCAAGGUUGGAAACUUAGCAUGAAAUAAAUAAUUAGAUCUCAGCCUCCACAGGUGCGGAGGCAUAAAUAAUCCAAGCGCACACUGCCCGGGCAUUCCAUACCAUGGGCCAUUUAGAUUUAAUGUCCAGGCAUUCGCUCGUAACUGAAUACGUCAGAGUGCACCUCCUGCCAGGGACAGCGAGGGCUGCUAUUUCAGAGCAGCGUGCUAGCCUGUCUGCUGGAAGGCUGCCUCCACCCUCUGACGCUGCUAGAGAGACCCUUUGGCUGGCUUAGUCGCUGAGAAAGUUCACUAGCCCCCGACCUAGUACAGAGGCUGGAACCCAUAAUGGAGACCUCUUGUGGUUGAAGGAAGUAGGGGAAUCUAUUAAAGGAAGAACCCAGCUAAUGGCCCAUUUAACCAGAGCCGUAUGGAGAAGUGGACAAGUUCACGGAUGGACAGGGAUUUAAAAAUCUUUACUCUCAGAGUCAUGUGUUUGAACCUGAGACCAUGUGACUGUUGGGGAGUGACCGAAAGUGGGUGUCGUUUUUCUGCUUCAACAGCAAAUCCCGUGAAGGGCACUCAGAGGUAGCAAUUCCUUUUCUGGUAAGCAAAGGUGAGAGUACAACUGUUGGCUGUAAGUCUGUCUGCACCGUUCAUGUGGCUGUGCACUGGGCACGAUCUAGUGAGUUUGUCAAGUGUGCCAAGGCGACUGCACCGUGAUGCUCUGUGCUUCCAGAGCAUGCGCAUGCCUGGCCAGUGCCAUUGACAGCGGAUCCUGGGAACAGCAGCAGCUAUGGCAUGGGUGCUGCCAAGCUCCUGGAUAAGAGCCCCUUCUCGGUCAAUAACCAGAACCCUCUGCUCACGUCGCCAGCCAGCGUCCAGCUGGCCCAGAUACAGGCUCAGCUCACCCUCCAUCGGCUGAAGAUGGCACAGACCGCAGUCACCAACAACACUGCAGCGGCCACGGUUCUGAACCAAGUCCUCUCCAAAGUGGCCAUGUCCCAGCCUCUCUUCAACCAGCUCCGGCAUCCGUCUGUGCUCGGCACCGCACAUGGCCCUACUGGGGUGUCCCAGCAUGCUGCCUCGGUUCCCAGCGCUCACUUCCCCUCAACCGCAAUCGCCUUUUCGCCCCCAAGCCAGACAGGAGGCCCAGGGCCUUCUGUGAGCCUCCCCAGCCAGCCCCCCAAUGCUAUGGUAGUUCAUACCUUCAGUGGAGUGGUACCUCAGACCCCUGCCCAGCCAGCUGUCAUCCUUAGCCUUGGGAAGGCUGGGCCUACACCGGCUACUACAGGGUUCUAUGACUAUGGCAAAGCCAACUCCGGCCAAGCGUAUGGUUCUGAAACGGAGGGCCAGCCAGGCUUCUUGCCAGCCUCGGCCUCAGCCACAGCAUCAGGCAGUAUGACCUAUGAAGGGCACUAUAGCCACACAGGGCAGGAUGGCCAACCUGCCUUUUCUAAAGACUUCUAUGGACCCAAUGCCCAAGGGCCACACAUAGCAGGUGGAUUUCCAGCUGAUCAGACUGGGAGCAUGAAGGGAGACGUUGGUGGGCUGUUGCAAGGCACCAACAGCCAGUGGGAGAGGCCCCCUGGAUUCUCAGGCCAAAACAAGCCCGAUAUUACAGCGGGACCCAGUUUGUGGGCUCCACCUGCCAGCCAGCCUUAUGAGCUCUAUGACCCUGAAGAGCCUACCUCAGACAGGGCCCCUCCUGCCUUUGGGUCUCGGCUUAACAACAGCAAGCAGGGAUUCGGCUGCUCUUGCCGAAGGACAAAGGAGGGACAGGCUGUGCUGUCCGUGAGGCCCCUGCAGGGUCAUCAACUGAACGAUUUCCGAGGCUUGGCUCCACUCCACCUACCACAUAUCUGCAGCAUCUGUGACAAGAAGGUGUUUGACUUGAAGGACUGGGAGCUACAUGUGAAAGGGAAGCUGCAUGCCCAGAAAUGCCUGCUCUUCUCAGAAAGUGCUGGCCUCCGGAGUAUACGUGCUUCAGGAGAGGGGACACUGUCUGCCUCUGCUAACAGCACAGCUGUUUAUAACCCCACUGGAAACGAGGAUUAUACCUCAAAUCUUGGAACAUCAUAUGCAGCCAUUCCAACGAGGGCCUUUGCUCAGUCAAACCCCGUGUUUCCUUCAGCUUCCUCUGGGACAAGUUUUGCAGCACAGAGGAAAGGCGCUGGACGGGUAGUGCACAUCUGCAAUCUCCCGGAGGGCAGCUGCACGGAGAAUGACGUCAUUAACCUGGGGCUGCCCUUUGGCAAGGUCACUAAUUACAUCCUCAUGAAGUCAACUAAUCAGGCUUUCUUGGAGAUGGCUUACACAGAAGCCGCCCAGGCUAUGGUCCAGUACUACCAAGAAAAGCCUGCGAUUAUCAAUGGCGAGAAGUUACUCAUUCGCAUGUCCACCAGAUACAAGGAAUUGCAGCUGAAGAAACCUGGGAAAAAUGUGGCUGCUAUCAUCCAAGACAUCCAUUCCCAGAGGGAGAGGGACAUGCUCCGGGAAGCUGACAGGUAUGGUCCAGAGCGGCCACGUUCUCGAAGUCCAAUGAGCCGAUCACUCUCCCCAAGAUCCCAUAGUCCCCCAGGCCCCUCUCGGGCUGACUGGGGCAAUGGCCGUGACUCCUACGCGUGGAGAGACGAGGAUCGAGAGACUGUCCCCAGGAGGGAGAACGGGGAAGACAAAAGAGACAGGUUGGAUGUUUGGGCACAUGACCGGAAACACUAUCCUAGGCAGCUGGACAAAGCUGAGUUGGAUGAGCGACUCGAAGGAGGGAGGGGCUACCGGGAAAAGUACUUGAAGUCAGGGUCUCCCGGCCCACUCCAUUCUGUGUCUGGCUACAAAGGCCGGGAAGAUGGCUACCAUCGAAAAGAGCCUAAAGCCAAGUUGGACAAAUACCCAAAGCAGCAGCCGGAUGUGCCAGGAAGAUCCAGAAGGAAAGAAGAGGCGAGACUACGGGAGCCCAGACACCCUCACCCAGAGGAUUCCGGCAAGGCAGAGGAUCUGGAGCCCAAGAUCACGCGGGCCCCUGACGGUACCAAGUCCAAGCAAAGUGAGAAAAGUAAAACCAAGAGAGCCGACAGAGACCAAGAAGGAGCUGACGACAAAAAAGAAAGCCAACUGGCCGAGAAUGAGGCUGGAGCUGAGGAACAGGAAGGCAUGGUGGGCAUACAGCAGGAAGGGACAGAGUCCUGUGAUCCAGAAAACACAAGGACAAAGAAGGGACAAGACUGUGACAGUGGGAGUGAACCCGAGGGGGACAACUGGUACCCCACCAACAUGGAGGAGUUGGUCACAGUGGACGAAGUAGGCGAGGAAGAUUUCAUCAUGGAACCAGACUUACCAGAGCUGGAAGAAAUUGUGCCUAUUGACCAGAAAGACAAAACCCUCCCUAAAAUAUGUACCUGUGUAACGGCCACCUUAGGUUUGGACUUGGCCAAAGAUUUCACCAAGCAGGGAGAGACCCUAGGGAACGGAGACGCAGAACUCAGCCUGAAGCUGCCCGGACAAGUGCCGUCUACUUCCGCAAGCUGUCCCAAUGACACGGACCUGGAGAUGCCUGGCCUAAAUCUGGAUGCUGAGCGGAAGCCAGCUGAAAGCGAGACAGGCCUCUCACUGGAGGUCUCAAAUUGCUACGAGAAGGAGGCAAGAGGAGAGGAGGACUCAGAUGUGAGUCUGGCCCCUGCAGUGCAGCAAAUGUCCUCCCCCCAGCCAGCAGAUGAGCGGGCCCGGCAGUCCAGCCCUUUUCUCGAUGACUGCAAGGCCAGGGGGUCCCCAGAAGAUGGGUCUCAUGAAGCCAGCCCCCUGGAAGGAAAAGCCAGCCCACCUACUGAAAGCGACCUCCAAAGCCAGGCUUGCCGAGAAAACCCCAGGUACAUGGAAGUGAAAUCUCUGAACGUGAGAUCGCCAGAAUUCACCGAAGCGGAGCUGAAAGAGCCCCUUUCUUUGCCUUCCUGGGAACCGGAGGUGUUCAGUGAACUUAGCAUUCCUCUAGGAGUGGAGUUCGUGGUUCCCAGGACUGGCUUUUAUUGCAAGCUGUGUGGCCUGUUCUACACAAGCGAGGAGGCGGCCAAAGUGAGCCACUGCCGCAGCACUGUCCACUACAGGAACUUACAGAAGUACCUGUCUCAGCUGGCAGAGGAGGGCCUGAAGGAGACGGAGGGGACAGACAGCCCAAGCCCCGAGCGUGGUGGGAUUGGUCCACACUUGGAAAGGAAGAAGCUAUGAUAUCGGCGCUGCCACCGUCUCUGGAAGAUGGAUGGGAAGCCUGCUGAACUAAGGCCAGCCUGGCCUCAGGCACAGAACUGAGACCAGAGAGGACGGAGAGCCAGGCAGGACAUGGUGCUUGGGCUUGCAGAACAGGCUGAAGUCUCUGGGAGCUGGGCUCACCCUUCCGGGCCCAGCCACCGAGGGUGACCAGCUUCCUGUGGGUUCCUGGUUCUUUUAGUCUGUUUUUCCUCUCUCCCUCUCACCUAUCCCUUCUGUGCCAAAGUUCAUUUCCUUUUCAUAAAAUCCAGCUUCUCAGGGAUUGUCACUGUGUUUCAAGAUUUGAUUGGAUGUGGUAGGUCGGUCGAUGAGGCUGGGUCACUCAAGGAGUAAGUUUAAUGGAAGGCCUUGACUUAGUCACUUCAGUGCACCUGCGGUGGCCUUGCAACCUGGUUUCUGUGGGUCCCAAGGGUAGGAGAGCUGAGUCAGGUUCUGUGCAACCAAGGAAUCGCUUGGCAGAGGUGGAAGUGGUUUCACUAGGAUUUCCUCCAGGUGGAUCCCGCCAUUUUGAAAAGGCAUCUUUGUCUUUUGUUUCAGUCUCAGACGAGUGCUGGGAGCCGAACCCAGAAGCUUGUACAUUCUAAACAGGCGCUCUACCACCGAGCUAUAGAUGCCAGGCCAGAACGUCCCAGGGUUUUGUUUGGAGACAGGGCCCAUGCAGUCCAGUUUGUCUUUAGUUUCCUCUGGAGCCAAGGUUAUCCUGAACACCUCAUCUUCCUGCCUCUACCUCUUGAGUGUUGUGAUCACAGGUACCGUUCUGGAGGUGAAACCCAGGGCUUCCAGCACAAGAGGCAAGCAUACCCCUAUUUUUAGGAAGCCAUUCAUCCUCAUCCUUGGCUAUUCUAGAAAAAUCACUGGGCUAAUGCCUUAAUGUGUUAUUAUACCAUAUUGUAGUAGUCAUGUAUUACUACACAUUAUUAAUAAUAAAUUCAUAUUUAUUUUGUGAAGCAAAGAAGAGCCCAACAGUAAAGAAGCUCUGAUAGAUUCAAUCCAAACUUCUCAGUUGGAGGAUGGUUUGGGAUUUGUUCUAUCCAGGACAGUGAAUUUGGUAUAGAUUCACUUUAAUUAAACUUGAGGCCAGCCAUGCCUUCUCAAGGAGGAGAUAGAUGGCGGGCCUACAGCGCAUGCUGACCUCUGACCUCUGCACUGCUGACCAGCAUCAGCUUAACCCAGGAACAAGGGACUGGCAUCUGACCUUCCUUCAUCCUUGGUGCCUCUACUUUGGGGUAGUUGGUAUUAGAAUGAUUUGAAAAUGCUCUCCCAAUCGAAGGAGAAACUAGGACACUUGGCUUGCUUGGUUCUUGUAGGUAGGGGUAGGGGAUGGAGGGACUGCUGAUGCCAACUUGGAGGUUAAAACGAUAGAAAGAACUGGUCCCUGAUUCCCAGUGGGGUCAGUACCCCCGUCCCGUGUGGGCUGUAGGGUCUUAGUGGAAGGUCUUAGGACAGGGGUACUAUAAGAUAUGAACUCCACUAGUGCCACAGAACAGACCCCAGUGUCAAAGAGAGCCUGGCACUGUCUUCACAGGUGGACACGCCUCCUUGAAGGGGCCCUCCAUGUGGAUGGUUUGCUUAUAUGGUCGCCUGUUUAUGUUCCCAAGCAAAGGAAGGUAGUUUAGAUAGGGAGCAUGCCUCCCCCCCCUCCCCUUAUAUUCCAUUCUAGACUCUGCACAAACGGAAGGGCGAUAGAGAAAUGAUUUAGUUCAGCGCUGACAUUUUACCAGUGAGGAAGCUGGGGCACAGAAAGGAACGGGGCAUAGAACCUAAAAUAACCCUGUGUCCACUUUGAGGCCAGUGGUUCCUGGGCAGGAGAGAACUAUUGGAAUCUAUGAAGGAGGAGUUAAGGCAAAGAGGGGCCAGUCUGGAAAGGAGUGACAGGAAGCUGGGGCUUCAGGAAGAUGUAACCCGUCCCCUGGUGGAUCCCACAGGAGGUGACCCAGAGCUGUAGUCAUGAGCAAAGUCUCUUCUGAUUCUCAGAAAACCUUUGACCUCUGGAACAACUGCUGGCCACAUCCCUAAAUUCAUUAGCACCUCCAUCAGAAGCUGGGCGCUUGAUCUUCCAGCAGAGUGAGGCAGACCUCCCAACCCCACUGGCUACUCUGUUAAAGCCUUUGUACGGAAAGCCACACGGCCCAGUUCUCAAGCAGUAAGAUGGUUCCCUUGGUUGUAAAUCGACCUUCAUAUUAGCAAAACCGAAGGGUGAAAGAAAUGGCAGUCUCCUUUACAUUUAAAGUCAUGGAUGGUUCUAUAUGUGUGUGCGUGUACAUAUAUACAUAUAUAUUUUUAUAUAAUUCCAUGGUCCUUGCAUUUUUUUUUACUCCUGUGUGUGUGUUCCAUGCAUCAUAGUAUUGAAGACAACCAGGAAAAUAUUUAUUUCUUUUUUAAAACAUGAAUUCAGUGUCUCAUCAGUCAUUACAAAGUGUCUCUCCCUGAGGUGGCUCAUGAAAGGUUGCUACCUUAUACAAAGAAUUCAUUUGCACCCUGGAUUAAUGUGUCAGAAGGCCUGUGUCCUUUAGUGUCACUGUCAGCACCUGGUGGUACUCCAGGUGGCACACCCAGAGGCUUUUGUGAGCUUUUGCUAUGAGCAGCAGCCAUUAGCGGUCAGGCUUCCCAUUCUUGGACAGUCCGAGGCGGUGAUCUUUAAGAUUAUACUUGAACUGGACCAGAGAUUGUUUUUGUGAGAUUUUGAAAACCAGAACUAUUAGUUAAUUUAAGUUUGAACUUGUAAAGUAUUAGAAUAUUUUGAGUCUCUUAUAUAAAUUGUCACCACUUUUUCUGAUCUCUAUAACUGACCUAAAGUGUUUGUUUUUACAAAAGGAUAAAUGGUUUUUAAUAAAGAGAAUUUGAAAGCUUGUGA